AUAACCUGGAAACUGUGAAGUCUGGUCAAUCUGACUUAUGUUUUCAGCAUACUUUGCUGUUCUGGAUUUCUAGUUGAACUUAUUGUGCCAAACUUUACAGGAUGCCUUUAUGUAUAAAUUACUCUAUUAACUCAGCUAUUGAAUACAUUUGUUCUUGCCGUCCUGUCACAUUGCAUGACUUGGUCUUUUGCUUGUCAUGGAAGCUUUUAGGAUUCAAAUUUCAACUGGCUUCCAUAGGAUCCCAUUCUCUGAAAAUCGACAUGGAGCACCAGGCAGAGAAGCCAGCUGCGGUUUUGACUGGAACAGCGAAGGCAGGGCGAGUUGGACCACCUCUUGGUACUGUUGACAUUGGCCAGAGUGAAAGUGCCUACAUUUUUCGGGUUGCUUUGCCUGGUGUGCAUCAGCAUGACAGUAAUCUGAGGUGUAAUGUUCAAGCUGAUGGUAGAGUCAAUAUUGAUGGGCUAGUGAGAGAUUCUUCACUUUUGAAUGAUAUGCGUAGCUAUGAAAUGAAAGUUGAGCGACUGUGUCCGCGCGGACCGUUCUCUGUGGCUUUUAAUUUGCCUGGACCUGUUGAUCCCAGGCUAUGCUCUUUGAACUUCAGGCCCGAUGGUAUCCUGGAGGUGGUUGUAAAAACCAAGAUGGGAUGAUUGCUUCCUUUCUCAAUCUUUUUUUGAAGCCCGAGUGCAAUGUUCUGAGAAUUUUUUUUCUAAACUUAUUUUCAAUGGUUGGUUGUGAAAUAGAGAUGUUGUAUUUGGCGUAGUACCUCAGUCAUCAUUAUGGAAUUCAAGGUUUUAGUCCUAAUUGAAUUCAUUUUUAUGUACUUUUUCCAAUA